CGGUGGCAGGGCUGCCGGGGGCUGCGGACCGCGGCGGUCGAGCGGGUUCCGCUUCCCCAUGAACCCAGUCCGGGCGGGGGCUCCAGCUGGGCGCGCGAGCCGGCGACGUGUUCCCGGGUCCCGUCGGCGUCUGUGAGUGUUUGCGGGGGGCCCCAGGCCCCCGCCUCCUGAGGCCCGGGACCAGCUCUCCGUCCGCCCGGCCGGUAUGAGGGCCGCGGGGUUCUUCUGGAAAGCGACGCCUCCGCCCGAGGCCCCUGGUUGCCCGGGGCGAGGCGGGGCCGCGGCCGCGCUGGGCCUGUAGGACUUGCGGAGCCGGAGCCUCGCCGGUUCCCGGACCAGCACCCCACCCCACCCCGGUUUCUCCUCGCCUCCUCCCCGCCCCCCGUCAGCCAAGCCGAGAGAAGGCUAUCGUUCCUGCCAGCCACCAGAUCCUUCCAGCCAUGAGGGCAGACACAGUGCCGCCCGUCCAGGAGCCCCCAACCCAGCCCAGCAGGAUCAGCCCCCUGUGGAGGAGCCGGAAGCUGUUGAUUGUCGGCCUCGUGCUGGGCUGGCUGCUGGUCAUCUAUCUUCUGGUCAACGUGUGGCUCCUGUGCCUCCUGUCUGCCUCCCUAGUGGUGCUCGGAGGAUGGUUGGGCUCCAGGGCCAUUGUGGGGGUUUCAGGCCGAUUGCACCUGGAACGCUUCAUCCUGGUAGCUACCAGUCCUCCAUGCCCCGAGGCGGAGAGGCAGUUGGAACUGGAGAUCAACCAUACCAUUCAGAUGAUUAUUCGAGAUUUUGUCUUAUCCUGGUAUCACUCGGUGAGCCAGGAGCCAGACUUUAAGGAAGAGAUGGAGGCAGCCAUGAAGGGGUUGGUUCAGGAUCUUCGGAGGAGGAUGAGCAUAGUGAACAGGCAUGCUCUGACGCAGAGGGUUUUGACUCUCUGUGGUUGUCAUCUGCAAAGCUACAUUCAGGCCAAGGAGGCCACCACCAGGAAGCAGAAUGAUCCAGUACCGCCCUCCCAACUGUGGGAGGCUUACUGCAGGGCUACUGUUCCACACCCUGCUGUACAUAGCCCUAGUGCUGAGGUCACCUAUACACGUCACAUAGUGAAUGUGUUGCUUCAAGGGCUGGUACCCAAGCCUCAUUUGGAAACUAGGACUGGACGUCAUGUAGUAGUUGAACUCAUUACUUGCAAUGUAGUCUUACCACUGAUUAGCAAGCUGUCAGAUCCUGAUUGGAUCUACCUUGUACUUGUGAGUAUCUUUUCCAAAGCCAAAAAUGCAACUCAAAUGACCAAACCGCUCUGCCCAGGCAACACUCUGGAAGAGCCUUCAGUUCCCACAUCAUUGCCAUCUGUUGUUGAGGCACAAAAUCUGCCAGAAAGAAGAGCCCCUUCUCCAGUAGUAGCUCCAGUACUCCUAAAUUUCAGUGAUCCAGAGGUUGAAGAAGGCCAUGAAGCUGUAGAGGGAGAUUUGGCUGGGAUAGUUGAAGAAAGGAAAGUAGAAAGCGAUUCAUCUCAUUUUCUACAGCCAGAUAUUCGAGGUCCCCUUUUCUUAUGUGAAGAAUCAGAGUUGGAGUCUCCACUGUCUGAACUUAGCAAAGAAACUGUUCUGCUCAUAACACAAAGUGACUUCCUUUCUGAGGGAAUCCAAGAUGCCUUGCGUGCCCUACAGGAUUCCCAGGCUCUGGAACAUAAGGAUGGUGAGGGAUCUGAUAGCAUUGAAAGAACAGAGAGUCCACAGAUAGAAACAGAGACAGGUGUGAUGGUCUCUAUGCUGAACUCCUGUCCAGAGAUCCAGAUUGACACUGCAGACAAGGAAGUAGAGCAAGGGAAUGCUACCUCUCUUAUGUCUUUGAUGGAGGAACCUGAAAAGACAUACCCCUUACGACCUUCAUGCCUAGAGAAGGAUCUCUCCAAUAGUGUGAGUUCUCUGGACCCUACUCUGCCAUCCAUUCCACUUUCUUCUUCUCCACCUGGUCCUCUCAGCUCAGCCACCUUCAGCUUUGAGCCGCUGAGCAGUCCAGAUGGCCCAGUUGUUAUCCAGAACCUUCGGAUCACUGGCACUAUUACUGCCCGAGAGCACAGUGGCACCGGAUUUCACCCAUACACGCUUUACACCGUGAAGUAUGAGACAGCCCUUAAUGGUGAAAACAGCAGUGGCCUGCAGCAGCUGGCCUACCACACUGUGAACCGCCGCUACCGGGAGUUCUUGAAUCUGCAGACUCGUCUGGAGGAGAAACCAGAUCUACGAAAGUUCAUCAAAAACGUGAAAGGUCCUAAAAAGCUCUUUCCAGAUCUUCCCUUUGGAAACAUGGAUAGUGACAGGGUAGAAGCCCGUAAGAGCCUCUUGGAAUCAUUCCUGAAGCAACUCUGUGCCAUUCCUGAAAUUGCCAACAGUGAAGAGGUGCAAGAGUUUCUUGCUCUGAACACAGAUGCUCGUAUUGCCUUUGUCAAGAAGCCAUUCGUGGUCUCUAGAAUAGACAAGAUGGUGGUAAGUGCUAUUGUGGAUACCUUGAAGACAGCAUUUCCUCGCUCUGAACCCCAGAGUCCUACGGAAGAGCUGAGUGAGGCUGAGAAUGAAAGCAAGCCCCAGACAGAAGGCAAGAAGGCUAGCAAGUCCAGACUGAGGUUCCCAUCCAGUAAAAUUGGUCCUACACUGAGUGUGACUGAGGAACAUGACAGGAUCCUCUAUUGUUUCCAGGAAGGCAAUGUGGAGUCAGAUACUCUGUCCAUGUCUGGGAUGGAAUCCUUUAUUGAAAAACAGACCAAGUUACUAGAAAUGCAGCCAGCAGAAGCCUCAGGAAAAGAUCCUGUAUCAGUCCCCAGAGACUAUGUGGAUGGUUGCUCAUCAGCUACACCUGUGCCAACCCAAGACCUCAACAAUAGUGAUACAGGUACAGAGAUAGAAUUAGCUGACACAGCCUUAGAUCUGAUCCUCUUACUAUUGAUGGAGCAUUGGAAAUGGCUAUGUACGGAAAACAUGCAGAAAUUUCUUCGUCUUAUCUUUGGGUCCCUAGUUCAAAGGUGGCUAGAGGUACAGGUGGCUAAUCUAACAUGUCCACAGCGCUGGGUGCAGUACCUUCAACUUCUUCAGGAGUCCAUCUGGCCUGGUGGUGUUUUGCCUAAGUUUCCACGGCCUAUAAGGACUCAGGAGCAGAAAGUGGCUACCAGGAAACAGGCUUUACAGAGCCUGAUGAGUAUCCUGCCAGAUUUUUUGGUAGAAAUCCUGGGGGUGAACAAGUGCCGGCUAAGCUGGAAUCUCAUUUUAGAGUCACUGCAGCAACCUCUCAUCAACAGACAUUUGAUCUACUGCCUUGGGGACAUCAUUCUGGAAUUCUUGGAUCUCAGUGCCUCUGUUGAAGAAUCUGCCACAGCCCCCUCAGCCUCAGACACCCCAGGCAGCCCCAAAAGGAUGAGUGUUUCCCCGUAACUGGCGGUCAUUCACGCAUUCUUCAAAGACUAGGAAAGGAGAGUAGUUCAUUUAUCCAGACACCAGUCAGGACAUUUAAUCCACUGAGCAAGGCAGCUCAAUCCUUGCCCCACUUCAAACCCAGUUCUAACCUUUGUAGCAGGUGGCAGGGGUUAUCUAUCAAUCGCAUGUGUAUCCAUUUCCAUAGCUUUGUUGUGGUUUUUGGAUUAUUGCUAGUGGCUAGGUCCUCUAUGUUUUGGAAAGCAACACUGUGAAUUAGAAGAAUGAGCACCUUUUGCCUCUGUCCUUUCCCUCUAAGACUGCACAGCCAAGCCCUGUACCUACAUGUGCCUAAGCUACCAACACACAAACUCCGGAUGCAACUAUAGCUCAGUUUCCUUGGAGGAGAAAAUAAUCUUAGAUUCUCUUUUCCUGGAAACUGAAAUUCAUUUGAGGUCACUCUUUACAGUCAGACCUCUGGGUCCUACCUAGUUAGUAAUUCCAGAAGAGGAGAGGGAAAUGUUUCUCAAGGGACUUUUUGCUCAUGGGCUGUUUUCCAACACAGCAGCCUUAUUGAGGCUGUCAUGAAGGCUGAUUCCCUGGACGGCUACACUUUUCCUGUUCAGAAAGCUUCAAAGAAAACUGCCAAGCCUCUGGUAAAUCCACCCACCCUUCACACCCUAUCCUGAAAGGAAUUGCAACACAGAUUGCAUUUGUAAGCUUUCCUCCUAACACCCACCCAAAAGCCAUUAAGUUUUAAGAUUUAUAACUUUCCCUCUAUCUUCAACAAAAUCACAUGGCAACUUAGAUAUUGGGCUUCACUGUUUCCAGAGAAAAGGAAAAGUACUUGUUCCAUGGCUAAGAAUGCUCAAAGGAUAGAAACCCAGAUGAGAGGACCUCUGUCCACAUGUCUUUGGCAGGAAACUUUUACUCUGAACACAAAAUGAUAACAGAUUUAAAGGGCUUUGCUUGACUUCCUGUAGGCUUUAAGGAUCAAGUUAGUCCUUAAGACUUGAGAAGGUAAAAGUGUUCCGUCAGAGGUAAUGUCCACUAAAACUGCUGGUAGAAAAGAAGGCAGGCAGCAAGUCAAAAGGGAAGCACUGCUACCUGUGAAAUGCUGGUGUGUAGCUAGUAAAAGACAUGUCUGGGCACUACCAGGAAACCAUGACUGACCUCUAACCCUCUUCCCCUGGUGCAUGAGACUCUCCCACUUGAAGAUCUUCUGCCUGGAAUUAAGACUGCUGAGAAUGGGCUUGGAUAUCAAGACCAGUGUCAAAGUUCUCAAAGACCAUGAAGUAGGUGAUGAGCGCACAAUUAAAAUUGUCAUAGAAGAAAAA